UCCUCACGUGACCAGGAGCUGACUUGAAGUCCUUAUAUUCCCGGGUUUCUUUCUCCUCUGGGUACCAGCUCCUUCCUGCCCUGCAGGCGUUUGUGAUUGUGGCCAAGAGGAGGAGGUCCUAAGGUCUCUAGAUAGACAUUUCAGACAAGGAAAAAGAGGAGGAAACGGUCUAAAAUCCUCACUCACAGCAUCAUGCAAAAACCCUGCAAAGAAAAUGAAGGAAAGCCCAAGAGCAGCGUGCCCAAGAGAGAGGAAGAGCGCCCCUAUGGAGAAUUUGAACGCCAGCAAACAGAAGGGAAUUUUAGGCAAAGGCUGCUUCAGUCUCUCGAAGAAUUUAAAGAGGACAUAGACUACAGGCACUUUAGGGAUGAAGAAAUGACAAGAGAGGGAGAUGAGAUGGAAAGGUGUUUAGAAGAGAUAAGGGGCCUAAGAAAAAAGUUUAGGGCCCUACAUUCUAACCAUCGGCACUCUAGGGACCGCCCUUAUCCCAUUUAAGGCAUUUCUUCUCUCAGUUUGAUUAUUUCUGUUAUUAAUAUUUCCAUCUCUGAUUUCUUUUUUGUGUGUGUUUUCUUGCCAACUUUUUGCUAUCUUUUCCCUCCAAUCUCUCAAAGUUCUUUUAAUUCAAAUUUGACUUACUACCAAGCUUCUCAUGUUUAGACUCAGUUCCAUUAUUUAACGGGGAGGUUCGUUCAUUUUCAUGGGAAGAUGCUCAUUGUAUUUUAUAUAUACAUAUAAUGUAUGACAAACACAAGGGAAAAUGUCUGAAUUAUUAUACACCAAAAGUGAAUAUUAUCAGUGAAUCUCUGCAUGAUCUUUCUUUCACUUUUUGUCACUGCAUCUUCUCAUUUUCAAAAAACAUAUAUAGAAUAUGUGUUUGUGUAUGUGUAUUGCUUGUGUUACAAAAAAACAAAACAAAACCCAGCACAAUAAAGGAACUUGUCAAUCGAUCCCCUUUGAAGAUCAGUGAAACAAUACAAAAGAUGUUCUUAAUAACAGAAAUACUGAAAAGAAAUGUAUGCUUUGAAAUACCUCUAGACCUCUUAGGCAGAGGAAUA